AUGGAAUUCGCAUCCAAUAAUGUGUCAAAUGAAACCUGUCACGAGUAUUCUACAUGCAUCUUUCAUUGUUAUACAGAAGCAGUUGUUCUCAGUGGUUUCAUAUUAACAUUGAUCGGAUUAGUUCUUGGGUUAAUAAUAAUAUUCAUAAGAGAGCUACAUUCUACAUCCACAAUGAACACUAUCUUCAUCGCUAUAACCAUGAUCUUUAUAAAUGUCGGUGUUGCAUUACUAAUGUCGUUUGCAAAGUGGUAUGAACAAAUUAUUUCUGUAACUGUGGCUACCGCGUUCGUCAUCAUAGCGAUUUUAGUGGAUGUAGAAAUACAAGGUUCAAAAGGAAUAUGGGAGUUAGUCUUGUUCACAUUAUGUCUUGUAUUUGUUGCAAUUGGAUUCCUUUUCUUCAUUUUUGGAGCGAUAUUUAACAUCAAGGGUUUACUAGUUGCAACCUUGUUUUGUUGGUGCGGCGAAAUGAUAAUUGUGAUUACAUGCACAAAAUAUUAUCUGGACAUUUUCUCCAAACGAGAACAUUUUUCUUUACUCUACUGUGUUUUCCUAUUGGUUAGUUCUCAGUGGUUUCAUAUUAACAUUGAUCGGAUUAGUUCUUGGAUUAUUAAUAACAUUCAUAAGAACACUGCAUACUACAUCCACAGUGAACUCUAUCUUCAUCGUGAUAACCAUGAUCGUCAUAAAUGUCGGUGUUGCAUUACUAAUGUCAUUUGCAAAGUGGUACGAACAAAUUAUUUCUGUAACUGUGGCUACCGUGCUCGUCAUCAUAGCCAUUUUAUUGGGUGUAAAGCUACGUGGCUCAGGAAAGAAAUGGACGAUACUCUUGUUUGCGAUUGGCGGCGUAUUUGUGUUAACUGGAUUCAUUCUCAUUAUUUUGUGGGUGAUAUUAAAAAACAGUGGUCUACUAUAUGCAAUUUUGGUUUGUUGGUGCUGCGCAAUUUUCAUUGUAAGUCCUGAAUAAAUAAUCGAAUUCAAAUACAAAUAUCAGUUCAUCAAUUAUAAUGCAUCCGACUAUAUACUUUUGUUGAAAUUAGAAAUUUGAUGCAUUAGUGUUCUCUGUUCACAGCAAACACAAGAAAUCAUCAUGAAACAUUCCGAAGCAAACAUAACGAGAUGCAAAGCUGAAUGGUUGAAAGAGAGGCGUUGAGUUGUUGCAUGGCUCAAUUUAUAUGAUGCUUCGAUAGGCAAACGAUUAUCUGUUAAUAUUUGACAGUUCAAUAUACAAGACACUUAAUGUUUAUUUGUUAUGUAUGAAUAUUCAGAAAUUACUAAGUUCAUAACCCUAUAUUUGUAGAUGUCUAUUAUUUCACUGAUACAUAUGUUGAUAUGAAUACAUUGAUGAUGAACUAAUCAUUUACGUUUUCAUAAUUACAGAUGAAUAUAUUCACAACAUAUUAUCUGAACAGUUACUGCAAACCAAAACAUUUUUCUUUACUCUACUGUGUUUUCCUAUUGAUGUAUGAACAUAUAAUACUUGUCAUUAGUUUACAAUUUUCUUUAAAUACAGUCAUCGAUUGUAAAUGCAGCAAUGGUAAACUCAAUGACACAAUGAUCGGACACGAUUAUCGGAUCCUUUUCCAAUGAGUGUUUCAACUACUUUACAGACAUUCAUAGAUAUUUAUUUGGAAUAUUUUAAAGAUCAUCAUAAACUUGAUAUAAUGGAAAGUAAAGUCAAUUUUCGAUUGAUUUACUCAUCAGAAGUUUUGUUCAACAUUACUUCCCUUCUAAUUCAGUGUAAUGAUCAUUCAGUGUAAUAUUUGAUUUUUUUCCCAGUACAAUAUUUUCUUCUGUAUAAUAAACGAUAUUCUCGUAUUCACUUGAUAUGAACUAUACUCACUAUGUUAUUUUAUUCUAAUUAAUAAUCAAAAUGAGUGUACAAUCAAUAUAUGAACUAGUGUAUUUUAGACUAUCAUGAUUCGUCGCUGUCGUAGUGUUUGAGGCUAAUAAAUCUUCGC